AUGCCAGAAGACAUGUCUAUGAUCCCAUACAAUGGGGGAAACCUUGAUGUUGUACUCCGGCAUAACGACUCGGUUGUCGUAUAUGACCAUGACUCGCAACAGCUAGUUCUCCGCAAUGCCUCUGAUACACAUGAGAGUGAUGUUGACCUUACAAACUGCCCCCUAUGCCAUCGGCCUAUGCGAGAUGAUAGUCGAGAUCGACAUCAUGCCGCCACAGACCCCGAAGGCGAGUUCAUCAACCCGAAUUACUUUCGCAUGCUCGACAACAGCCUUCCAAGCUCCACAAGCUCCUCUACCCCUCCUUCUCCCCAUCAUCGCCUCGUCCAUCCUGCUCUCCCCGGCGGAUCAAUAAGCACUGGAUCUACACGACCCUCUUCUCAGGAAUUUCAUCCGACAACGUCCCAGGGGAUCUCAUCCGCUGCAUUCAGUCAGGAUUAUUUUAAGAAGUUCUUUGUUGAGGAAAAAGUGCUAGGAAAGGGAGGGAAAGGCGUCGUGCUGCUUGUAAAACACGUCCUGGAUGGCGUGUCUCUCGGACAAUACGCCUGCAAACGUGUCCCUGUUGGCGACGAUCAUGAAUGGCUAGAGAAGGUCCUGGGCGAAGUCCAACUUUUGCAGCAUCUGUCCCAACAAAAUCUGGUGUCUUAUCGCCACGUUUGGUUGGAGAAUGCCAGAAUAAAUGUCUUUGGUCCCAGUGUGCCAUGUGCCUUUAUCCUACAACAAUACUGCAAUUCCGGUGAUCUUCACAACUACAUUUGUGGCUCCGUUCAGACAUCUACCACCGCCCAGCAACUGAAAGCGCGCCUCCGACGAAAAUCAAAAGGCGAACCAGACUUGAACCCUGUGGGACCUCGCAUGCUUCAGCUAGAUGAGAUCUAUUCUUUCUUCCGAGACAUCACGUCUGGAUUGCGCCAUUUGCACACCAAUGGAUACAUUCAUCGUGACUUGAAACCACAAAACUGUCUCCUUCAUGAAAGCACGGAUGGUAUGCGAGUCUUGGUAAGUGACUUUGGCGAGGUACAAACGCAGGAUGCGAUGCGCAAAUCGACCGGUGCAACCGGGACAUUGUCAUAUUGUGCGCCCGAGGUUCUUCGACGAGAUUACCCUGAUGGGCCGUUCGGCAACUUCACAUUCAAGUCCGACAUAUUUUCGCUGGGCAUGAUUCUCUAUUUUCUGUGCUUUGCAGAGCUUCCAUAUGCGAGUGCCGAUAUCAUUAACGAGGAAAAAGAAGACUUGGACCAGCUUCGCAAGGAGAUCACCAGCUGGGCUGGUUUCGAUCAAGCUAGAAGGAAGCGUCCUGACCUUCCCGAGAAACUGUAUGGCUUCUUGGACAGACUGCUUUCCGUGGAUCCCGACAGACGGCCUACUGCUGAUGAAGUCCUAAAUGGUAUCCAAGCCGGUGCCGGUGCUAAUGAGUUUCGCUUCAAAAGAAACAGCUCUACUAGUCCUGAUGUGCCCGGUGCUAGAAUUCACCCUGUCGAUAGUCCUCGGCCUUCUGUGGAUAGGCGAGCCCUGUCUCCCGCCAAGAAAAUGCCUCGCUCUCCCAUGGCAUUCCGACGAGACUCGAUGUUCGAUUCGAAUGAGUUUGGGGCUAUUCAGACCCCUGGAUCAGAUCUCAUCGAUGGCCGGAGACCAUCUCUCAAUCCCGACCAAGAUAUGGUAGUUCGCCCCCGAUACUCUACUUCACCACCGAUAUCGCCGAACAGACACAGCCAUGAUGAAUCCAUGCACGACCAUCAAUCGCAAUCAAUGCCUCGUCAACAACUUCUUCCUCCGCCUCCAAGCAGAUUUCCUUCGCUGGAUUUUCUGACAACAUACACCACGUCACCAGGACUGCAGUUCUCCCUGUUUCUUAUCAAGGUAGUCUCUGUUCUCCACCCAUGCUCGCCUCUCUCUGUGAAGCCUUGGAUUCUCUACCCUCUUCUUCUACUUGCUGCAAUAAGUCUUGGUGCACAUGACCUUCGAGUACAAGGUCUGGCUACCUUAGCACAUAUGCUCGUCGUCGGGGUCGGUAUGCGUCUAGGCGCUCUUUGUACUUGGCACGCAGACUCGACUCUCGGUUUCUAA